CUUCACCUCAAAAUAUUUCCAACUUCCUGCUCUAAAUUAAGCUUAUUAUGUCAAUGGCUAAAGUUUACUCAAACAAGUCAAAUUACAUAAGUACAAUUUCUUCUUCUUCAUCAUCAUCAUCUUUUUCUUCUAUUUCCUCUAGUAACUCUUAUGUUAGCCAAAGAAGAGAAACAUUCACUUUGUGGAUGAAAUCUUUAGUCUACCACGGAAAUGGAUGCACUGUUUAUGAUUCAAAUGGACAAAUUGUUUAUAGAAUUGACAACUACAACAUUAAACGUAGCAAAGAAGUUCAUCUCAUGGAUUCCAAUGGCAAAGUUCUCUUUUCUAUUCGAAAUAGGAAAGUUCCAGUAUUUGGACAUUGGGAUGGCUAUAAAUGGAGUUAUGAUGGAGUUACUAGUAAAGAAAUACCAUGGUUUCAAGUGAAGAAAAUUCACAAUGUUCGAAAAGGGGAUAAUGUGAAUUAUUACAAUGUUAUAUUGGGAUGUAAUUCUGAAGCUAGUUGCUAUAACAUUAUCCUUGCCACAAGAUCAAUUAAGAUUAUGAAUCAUCAAGGCCAACUCGUCGCAGAGGUGAAACAAAAGCAAGCAAGUUCAGGAGUACUAUUUGGAGAUGAUGUAUUAACAUUAGUGGUGGAACCUCAUGUUGAUCACUCAUUAGUUAUGGCUCUUGUUACUGUUUGUGGUCUUAUCCAUCACAAAAUUUGAUUAUUGGUAUUCAGAGUAGUUAGUUUAAUCUCUUUUUCUAUGUAAUAAUUGUAAUCUCUAUCUUCCCUUGAGGAAUGAGUUGUUUAGAUGUGAUCUUAUGAUGAAUAUUGAGGUAUAUGAAAUUUUGUUCAGACCA